GUGUAUGUGUGUGAAACACAUUCUUGACCUCUAGAUGGAGUAUUCGACUGACGAUAUUGCAGCAGCGAGGAGCUUGCAGUUCACUAUGUAUAUAUACGCGUCCAUGACCACAUUCUGGACCUACGAUUAUGUAUGUUCGCUUCAUGAAGAGUUGACGUUCUUGCUUCGAUCGCACUGGACCAAGAUGAAAGUUCUGUAUAUCGUUACGCGAUACCUCCCUUUUAUCAUUCUCGUCACGGGUCUAUAUCGGAGCUUUGUGCCGAAUGAGAACACAGGUAAAUGUCGGGUACUGGACAAUAUUGAAUUAUAUCUUGGCGUAGUAUUAGUCAUUUGCUCCGAAUGUUUUUUUCAUCUUCAGAACAAUAUGUGCUCUGGGAAAAAAAUAGAAUAUUGCUCGCAGACCAUGCUUUCCACCUUGUUUAUUUCUCUCGUAGCAUCCUUCGGCAUUACCUUCUACCGCUGCCUGCUGCUGCCUGCAUAUGCGACUAGCGCGGUCCCUGGCAUCACAGGAUGCUACCGGAAAUCGUCCAAUUACCGGCUCUUCAUACCAUUUAUUCUCCUUUUCGUGUUCGAACUGGGACUCCUGAUGCUCACACUCAUACGUGCCAUACACGACUGGCGGACAAACCAAAACCGUCUGUAUGCUGUCCUGGUGAACCAUAACGUAUUCUAUUAUGCAUGCGGUCUUCUGUUCUCGGUAGCGAAUAUCAUCACAUCGCUGGGUCCUUCAGUACUUCUGUCAUAGCGUUUCGUAUGAUUUUCAGUUCAUUAUUCUUGCAAUCCUCGCCACUCGCAUGCACCUCCAUCUCUGGCAGACGAACCAACAUUCACAUGGCUCUACUGGCGCCUUCAUGUAUAUUCCAAUGUCAGACACGUCAUUC